GGCUGUGACACGGGCGCCAUCACCGCCACGCUCUCCCUCGCAGCACGCAUACUGGCCGGCAAAUGGCAGCCUGCUCUCGCUGCCGCCCUCAAGCCGCUCUCCUCCCGCCGCCCGCCUGUCGUACAAUCAGCUGUCGCCACGUCACUCGUGUGCCUGGCUGUUUCUGACGAGCUGCGCACUGCUCUGGCCUCCCAGGGGCUUCUUCAGGCGCUGCUGCUGCAGGUGCGGAAGCCACACCGCUUGAUUCUCAGCCGCUGCGUCUUCGCCCUCGGCCAGCUGGCGCGCUGUGAUUCGGUGCGCUGCCACGUCACCGAUUCGGGAUCCAUGUCAUUCCUCGUGCCUCUGCUGCGCUCCAAGGACGUGGAGGUGAGAGAGUCUGCCGCUCUGCUCUUCAAGAACAUGGUCUUCCGGGACCCCCCUCAGGACAGCCAAUCGCUGCUCGCCACGCGGGCGUGCGUGGUCAAGCACGGCGCGGUCCCCCUGCUCCUCUCCGCCCUCUCCAUUCCCACCGCUCUGCACCCCGCUGACACCGCCAGCCUUGACACCUCCAGCCACACCACUGAGCCCUCGCCCUGCCGUGCCUCUGCCCACCAGGAAGCUCAUCGCCUGCAUCAUUCCCCACCUCGCGCACCCCUCCACCCCACUGUUCGCAUCUACGCCCUUGCUGCCCUCGCUGCACUGGCCAAGGUCGACCCGGAGGGUGAUUAUAACGGGGGUGGCAGUGUGGAGGGGGCGGUGAGGAGGGUGGGGGGAGUGGAGAGGGAGGAGAGGGCGGAGGGGGGUGUGGUGGCGGUUGUGGAGUUGGAGGGGUUGGUGCCGGUGCUGCAGGUGGUGAGGGAUACAGCGGUGGGGGAGAGGGUGCGCCUGCAUGCUGUCUCCGUGCUCUGUGCCAUUGCUGGGCUGAAGAGCAGGGACUAUCGCUCACUGAUCGCCUUAGAGGGCGGCCUUCCCCCGCUCGUCGCCCUGCUCUCGCCCGCCUUCCCUCUCGACCUGCGCCUGCUCUCCGCCACCACACUCCGCCUCCUCUCCCUCUCCCCCGUCGUGCGCCGCUCAAUCCUCCUCACGGGCGCGCUGCUCCCUCUCGUUGACCUGCUCAGGGAGCAGCUGCCAAAUCCCUUCACCAAUGUGAGCGUGGCUGCGGCUGUGGCAGCACUGGUGCCGCGAGGAGAGGAGGAGAUGAGUGCGAGGGGACCGGUGGGGCUGUGUGCGCCGGUAGAGGAGCAGCUGGUGCUGGUAGGAGCCGUGCCGCUGCUGGUAGCCGUGCUGCUCGGUGCUGGUGGUGGUGGUGGUGAGGACAUGGUGGGAGGUGGUGGGGGGAUGGGAGAGGAGGGAGCAGCGAAUGAGGGGGAGGUGAGGCGGGCACUGAAGCGGGUGGGUGAGGUGAGCAGGCGGGGAGCAGAGGAGAUAGUGGCGUGUGGAGGGACGAGGAUGCUAGACAUGCUUUUAUCACGCUAG